UUCAUUUCCCCACACACACAUAGACACACGCGCGCGCGCGUAAUUUCCUGAUGAGCAUCUGCUGACCGCGCAGAGACGCACCGGAGCACGCGGAGACGCUCCAUCCCGUGCGCAGUCCCGUUCUGGAUCACACGUCACCACGGCAACCGGCGUCCACUCAGUCCGCGGUCCGCAACCGUGAGGUCCGAUCCCGUCUGCAGGCGACCGGAGAUCCCGCAAAUCCACAGAUCGUCGGGCAGCACAAUCACACUUGGUUGAAAACUGAGUCUGUCUGACCUGGGCUCCUUGUCCUCGAUUCUGAGAUCUGUUUGGGAGAUUGUUCAGGCAGCUGAGCAGCUAUGGUGAAGCUGGGUAGUAAUCUGUCCGAUAAGCUGGAGAAGCAGCCAUCUGCAGAUGGCUUUGAUAACAUCCCCCUCAUCACACCCCUGGAGGUCAGCCAGCUCCAGCAGCCGUUCGCAGACGAGGUCGUGGUGAAGACCAAGACGGAGUAUCAGCUGCAGCAGAAGAACAGGCGAUUUGUUCCCAACAUCAGGAAGCUGAAUAUUAAUUUCUACAGUGAUGUUUCAGAUAAAGCAAAGAUCAUAGGUUUGAUCCUCAUCACGUUGGCCUUCCUGACCAGCCUGCUGCUCCUGCUCAUGUACAAAGCCAUGUGGUAUGACCAGCUAACCUGCCCAGAAGGCUUUGUCCUUAAGCAGAAGCACUGCACCCCUGCAGCUCCGGAGAUGUAUUACACAGAUCAGCAGGAGGAAGAGGAGGCGCAGGGGGAGGCUGGAGCCCGCAGCAGCACCAACACCGGCCUCUACGCCGCUCUCAGCCACCUCAACCAGGUCAAGAGAACUGGACCUGAGCUGCCAUCGUCAUGGUUACCAGUCAUCGGUGCACAGAAGGAGGCUGAGGAGACUCUCGACAGAGAGCCACUGAAAGAGGGGCCAGAGGGGGAAAAGUGAAGGAUCUGAUAAAAUGUGUAGUUCAAAGGGUGGCUUUUUUGUGAUUGAACACAAUUUUCUCUGCUCUGGCUUGUUUGCUUCAGCACCACAAAACUUUAAAAGUGUUACAGUCUCUUUAAAUCAGCAACAAAAGUCUGUGUGUUAUUUGUUCCUGUUAGAAUCUAACAUAAUGGAGAGUUUUAACACAAGUCUGCAUCAUCUGUUCACUUUCAUAGAUGUAAAUACUAUGUGCACACGCUACGCACACGGCCAAUGUGUAUCUGCAUUCAUGUAGCUGCCUAUGCUGUGUAGUGUUUGCUUAGUGGUGAAAGAUGGAGGUGAAGUGAGAUCUCACUGAGAAGUGGAAGAUGACACGUUUUAACAUCUUACUGUAACAUAAGCACAUCUUGUUCUUUUACUCUGCAUCCAGAAGCAGAAUGAACAGAACCCUGAAGGAACGUGCACCGAACAGGAUUCCAUAUUUUAAUGUAGGGAAACUUAAGUUGACUACAUGCUGUAAUUUGCAGAUAUUGGAAAUAAAUGUUAAAGCUUAUCUGAAUAAUCUGUAAAAUCAACUUGGUAAGCAUUAAAGAUUCUUUAAUUGA